AUGGCUGCAGUACCGCUCCGUGUCCACACGGCGGCGACAGCGCCUCCGCAAUGGCUGCAGUACCGCUCCGUGUCCACACGGUGGCGACAGCGCCUCAGCAAUGGCUGCAGUACCGCGCUCUGUCCACACGGCGGCGACACCGCCUCAGCAAUGGCUGCAAUGCCGUGCUGGAGCCACCUACGCUCUGUUCUGAAGCUGCUGUCCCGCAGAAAACGAUUCCCAGCCAGCUCAGAGAGCUCCAGCCUCCGCCGCUGCCUCUCCCCUGUGGAUCUGGUUGCCUUGGGAGUGGGCAGCACGCUGGGGGCUGGUGUCUAUGUCCUGGCAGGGGAGGUGGCCAAGACCAGCUCUGGCCCAAGCAUUGUCCUUUCUUUCCUGAUUGCAGCAGUGGUGUCUGCCCUGGCAGGGCUGUGCUAUGCCGAGCUUGGGGCCCGUGUGCCCCUGGCUGGCUCUGCCUAUCUCUACAGCUACGUGACAGUGGGAGAGCUCUGGGCCUUCCUCGCUGGGUGGAACCUGCUGCUCUCCUACAUCAUCGGUACUGCCAGCGUUGCCCGGGCUUGGAGCGCUACCUUUGACCAGCUCCUCGGCAAGAGGAUGGGGAAGUUUUUGGGUGCUCAUGCAGCCAUGAGCUCUGUGGGGCUGGCAGAGCACCCAGAUGUCUUUGCUGCUGGCCUGGUGGUCCUGCUGGCAGGGCUUCUUUCCUUCGGAGUGAAGGAGUCCACCAUGGUCAACAAAGCGUUCACAGCUCUCAAUGUGCUCGUCCUGCUCUUUGUCACAGUGAGUGGCUUCAUCAAAGGCAACACCAGCAACUGGAAGCUGAGGGAGGAUGACCUGCCAAAGGCAGCUGCCCACGAGGCUGGGAACCAGUCCAUGGCUGACAACAUGACCAGUGCCUUUGGGGUGGGAGGCUUCAUGCCCUAUGGUUUCACUGGGACCUUGGCUGGAGCCUCUAGCUGUUUCUAUGCCUUUGUUGGAUUUGACUGCAUUGCUACCACAGGGGAAGAAGUGAGGGACCCACAGAGAUCCAUCCCCAUGGGCAUCAUUCUCUCCCUCCUCAUCUGCUUCCUGGCCUACUUUGGGGUGUCUGCUGCCCUCACCCUGAUGAUGCCCUACUACCUGCUGGACACCAUGAGCCCACUGCCAGCAGCUUUUGAGUACAUUGGCUGGAGCAGAGCAAAGCAUGCCGUGGCUGUGGGGUCACUGUGUGCCCUAACCACCAGCCUCUUGGGCUCCAUGUUCCCCAUGCCACGGAUCCUGUAUGCAAUGGCUCAAGAUGGGCUCCUCUUCAAGCCUCUGGCCAAAGUCAGUCGCUGUCAGUGCCCGGUGGUGGCAACUCUGGUGUCUGGAGGAGUGGCAGCUCUCCUGGCCCUUCUCUUCGACCUGAAAGCCCUGGUUGACACCAUGUCCAUUGGCACCCUGCUGGCCUACUCGAUGGUGGCUGGCUGUGUGCUGCUGCUCAGGUAUCGGCCUGAGCCCAGCCCUUGGGACGCUUCUGUGGGGAAGGUCCCAGCUGUGCAGCUCUGGUGGGACCACCUGGUCCAGCCACCCCCCCGUCCCACCCCUCGCUCCUCUGCUGUGGUGGUGUGGGCUCUGACAGCUGCAGCUGCCCUGGCCUGUGCCCUGAGCUGGGUGAGCACUGCUGGGCUGCCCUGCCUGCAGGCUGGGGGUGCCUGGUGCAUCACAGCUCUGGCCCUGCCUCUCCUGGGGAUCCUGGCAGCAGCUCUUCUCAUCUGGAGGCAGCCUCAGAGCCAGGAUAAAGCAUCCUUCAUGGUUCCCUGCCUGCCCUUCCUGCCUCUCCUCAGCAUCUCCAUCAACACGGUGCUGAUGGCCCGGCUCAGCGCAGCCGCCUGGCUGCGGUACCUGCUCUGGAUGGUUGUGGGCUUCCUCAUUUACUUUGGCUAUGGGAUCUGGCACAGCUCUGAGAGGCACUGCCCUGAAGGGACAGAAGGGCCCAGCCCUGUCAGACCUGCAGGAACUGCUUCCCCGAGUCUGGUGAACCUUCCUGAGCAACCCAAAUCCUCACAGCAAGCCCCCGCAGGAGGAGUUUUGUUUGGAGAGGAUAAAGCACACAAGUGUUUUUGCUGCUUCUUUGUGGUGCCAGCUCCCACCCUUCCCCUUCUUCCCACUCUAUGGGGUGUGCAGCACACAGCUCCACUCUGGGAUGCUCCUGCACCAGUUCCCCAAACCACUGACAUGGGAUUCCUGAGGCUGCUGCUUCUUACAGGUUUGUAAUCGUUACAGCCAGCAGCACGUUGGCUGGUGUACACACACACACACCCACACACCCACACACACACACCACACUCGUGCAGCCAGGGGAAAGUGCUCGUGUGCAUCCAGCCCUGA